AAAUGUAGGUUUUUUUUACCGGAUAAAAGUCACUGACUUUUGACUUUGCAUUCUUACUAGGGAAGUAACUAUCCGGCUAGCAUAUUUUCAGCUGACUGGCAGUUCUACCCGUUCGCGCCUGAAAUAAUACAUGGAAAGAAAGACACGCGAGACCUUUCUCAACCAGUGAAGUUGUUAAGUCGCCAUAUGAACUUCGUCGAUGUGAUUAAAUACACAGCGAAAUGAAAUGUGUACUAGACUUUAAAGGAACUCCUAAGCUUAAAAAAAAUAAAAUUUGAAUUUCCUACGUAUAUCACCUGAGGUACUUAAAGGGAAACACAGGCAAAAUUUUCAUUCCUUAUUUUUGAAGUUUUCAUUCAUUAUUUUGUAAAUGCCUUCAAAAUAAAUAUAUUAGACAGUCAAAGGAACGAAACUUUUCUCCAUAUAAAGAAUAAAAUGGUGGUUUCCUAACUUGACCCGCGUGGGUCAGGUUAGAGCGCUAGCAUUUCACAAUAGUUGUCAAAGUGAACUCUGGAAACGUUAUUGAACAUGUCAAAUGAAUGACUUAGGCUUGUUUCAAUCAUACAAUAUCCACAAUAUUUGUUAUUGUAACUUCAAGGGUUUGUUCAAGUCACCUGACUUGUUUUAAAACUAUUUGGUGAUUCUAUUGGCGUCUAAAUUUGUUCAACAUAUAUAGAUAUAUGUACGCUUCAAACCCAAAAUAUUUAGAAUUUAAACAGAAAUACAUGCUGUAACUUCAAGAAAAGUCAUUUUAGCGUGAUUUGAGAACUUAAGAUCAUUUUAUUUUUUUUGUCAUUAUUUUGCCUGAAUAUCCCUUUAAAAUUAUAAUAUUUGCGAAUUUCAAAGAUAAUUAAGAAAUAUACUCAGAUUAAAUCAAAUAAUCCGAUUUGAGUAUAAAGCGUUGCAAUGCUUUUCAAUUUUGGGUUAUUUUGCACAAUAAGAAUAUUUUUUUCUAAAAAAACAAAACAACAACAAAAAAAACCAACAAAAAAUAAACCUGAGUGAGCGAACAAUCUGUCAUUUUGCACACAAUUUAUUGGUCUAGAUCUGCAUCAAAUGGAGCAUUAAUCUCGAAAGAAUUUUCCAGUCCCAUAAUGCAAAAAAAAAACCCUCAGAAAAGUCCCUUUAAAAGGGACUUUUCUGAGGUUUCUUGACAUGCUGGGACUGGAAAUAUUUUUUUUCCGAGAUAUGUAGGUAUAAACCUAUAACAUUUGUAAAUAUUUAGAUCAUUCUCUCACAACGUUUUUCUAGUAUAUUAAUUUUUAUUGUGCAAUUUGACACACAAAUGAAAGCUUUGCUAAACUCGAGCUAAGAAUUUCACAAAAAAGACUUUUUUAAAUUAAAUUCUGAGUAUAAUUUAAUAUUAUUUUUUGCAGAAUUUUCCAUUUAAAGUGCUUCACUUUAUCUUUGUAAAACGAGUUUUGUUUUAAGCUUUUCCAUCUCAGUGGUUUAAGAUAGUGAUAUUAAUAAAACAAACGUUAACCAACCAAGGUUCAUGACGUAAUUAAUAACGUCACAGUAGGAACAACGUCAAGACGUCACAUAGUGACGGCAAUCAUAGAGCGGAGCUGGCCAAACAUUGGCGGUUGGCAACAAGCUCCUCACAGCCUAAAAUGGCUGGAAAGGAUUAUCAAGAUCUAGUACUGGUUGAUAUAGAAUACACAAAGAUACAUCCAUUGGCAGAAAAUGCAGACGACAAUUUCAGAAAAGAUAUCACGGAAAGACAUGAAACAGAGAAGGAAAGACUUGAACGUAUAGCGGAUAUGUUUUUAGCUAGACCGCUUUACAGCAAAGAGAGUAUUGACUAUCAACGUAAAAUGAAGAGAAAAGACGAAAGUGUAGAGCAACUUACAAGCAGUUGUUUGCAACCUAAAUCUGAGAGUGUCAAACAAGAUCUAGAAGUAAUUGACUUCGAAUACGCUGCAAUACAUUCAACUGACGAAAAUCUUAAAAAGGAUAAUCCUAAAAGGCAAGAAACAGAGAAGGAAAGACUUGAACGUAUAGCAGAUAUGUUUUUAGCAAGACCGCUUUACAGCAAAGAGAGUAUUGACUAUCAGCGUAAAAUAAAGAGAAAAGACGAAAGUGCAGAUCUACCUACAAGGAACUGUUUUCAGUCUAAAGCUGGGAGUGAUAAACAGGAUCUAGUAGUAAUUGACAUCGAAUACGCUGCAAUACACCCAACUGACGAAAAUCUUGAGAAGGAUAAUCCUAAAAGGCAAGAAACAGAAUCAGAAAGGCUUCAUAGAAUAGCAGACAUGUUUUUAGCCAGGCCAGCCAAUGUCGGAGAUAAAUGUAAAGAUGCAAAUGUUAGAAUAACGAAGAGUGACGAUGAGGUGACCACUAAAAAGGCGAUGAAGAAGAAUAAGAAAAGGACUGUGCAGAAACAGAACGCCACCAAAUCAAGCAAGGUACAGCAGCCGAUGGAAGCAUUCAUUGAGUGUAAACCUGCAGACGACAUGAAGAAACGCGGGCAACAUCCGGGCUGCUUCGGGUUCAUCAGAGCUUGGUUGGAGAAACGAUCCUUAAAGAAAAAAGAGAAAAGGCUGAAGAAGAAAGGAAAAUUUUAGCA